GCUAUCGCCAAGGCAACAGCAGAGUUUAGCGACCGGAAACCUGCAGCUAGCAUAACACCAACCGAGAAUUAUUGAGUCGAGAAACAUAUUUUACACUAAAUACCGCUUUAGUUUGUUGCCAUGAACGAUUCAGUGGCCAAAAAGACCCAGGAGACGUUGGGAAAAGUGAUCAAAAAACCUCCUCUGACAGAAAAACUGCUCAGUAAACCUCCGUUUCGAUACCUGCACGAUAUAUUCAGCGAGGUAAUUCGUACCACAGGCUUUAUGAAAGGCCUUUAUGGAGAAGCAGAGAUGAAGUCAGAUAACGUGAAGGAUAAAGACUCAAAAAUAGCCUUUCUCCAAAUGGCCAUUGACGUUGUAAUGCUGGUCAGCGGAGAGCCCUUGGCCGCUAAGCCUGCUCGAAUCAUAGCCGGGCAUGAACCAGAGAAGACCAACGAGCUCCUGCAAGCCAUCGCUAAGUGCUGUCUCAACAAGCUCUCCAGCGAUGAGGCUGUUAAGCGAGUGUUGGGUGGAGAAAAGUUGGACCUGAAGGGUAAGCCCAGCACCUCCAGGUCCCAGGACAAAGAGAACAGAGAGGGCAGGGAACGCCACAGAGAUCGAGAGGAGAAGAAGGGGAUCAAGGAGAGCAGCGGAAGCAGAGAGCAAAAACAACCAGAUCAAGCGAAAGAUCAAGAGAGUAGAAGGGACGACAAAGAGCGACGGCGUGAGACAGAGAAGCCUGACAAGGGACGCGAAAGAGACCGGACGAAAGACCGAGACAAGGACAAGAGCCGAGAUCGGGAGAAAGACAAGAGCAGAGAGAAAGAGCGGGAGAAGGAGAAAGAACGCAACAGGGAGAAGGAUAGAGAUAGAGAGAAAGAAAAGGACAAGAAAAGGGAAUCCCAUAAAGACCGAGAGCGCGAUAAACGGCGGGACAGGGGAAAAGAGAAAGAACGACAUGGAGACACAGAAGAAAAGCAGAAGGGCAGAGCUGAUGUAAAGAUCAGGACAGCAGAGGAGACCAGCAAGUCAAAGCCUCACCCAGAAGAAGCCAGUAAAACCCUUGAAGCUCAGCCAGAGGAUGCCGAGGGCGGUGAACUGGAGCCAACAGAUCUCUCUGAAAUUCAGGCCGAAAGUCCUUUCCGGAUCCCAAGGCCCUCGUCGGCUAAGGGACAGAGGCGGUGGCCCACAACAGGCGUUCGAGAUGAGUCUGACAAUGAAGGAGGGGACAGACCUUCAGCAGAGAACCCAUUGGAGAAUGGAGACGCGACAGAUUCCGUGCCAUCUCAUACAACCCACAGUAGAAGAAAUGCGCGUCCCAGCAGCGCCCGUCCGGCGGCCCCCCGUGUGAAGCGACAAGAAAGCCACGCUGAUGUGUCCCCAGCAGAGAGAAUGGGCAGCGGCAAGACCCUCACAGCAGUCAUUAUGGAUGGGAAGAAGCUUUCUGAAGAGGAGGAUGAUGAAGAUGCACAGUUUGUGGUGGAGGUAGCAGCCCCGCCUCCACCUGACGUACCAGAGAUGGAGCAUAAUUCCCUUGAACUGAAAGGGGGCGACAAACACGGUGGACUUGUAAAGAAAAUCCUGGAGACCAAGAAAGAUUAUGAAUCAUCUCCAAAAUCAAAGGAACAGGACCGGACGCUGAUGUCUGAGGCAUCUCGUAAGAAGGAACGGGAAAUGGUGGCGAAGGAGAUCGAGCGCUUGCAGUCGUCUAUUCAGACUGUGUGCCGCAGCGCCCUGCCCCUGGGUAAGAUCAUGGACUACAUCCAGGAGGAUAUGGACUCCAUGCAGAACGAACUGCAGACUUGGCACAAGGAGAGCAAAGAAAACACACAGGUUCUACUACAGGAACAAAGAAUCACAGACAGCGUUGUGGAACCUCUUAAAGCCGAACUCACUGAACUGGAGCAGAUGAUCAGGGACCAGCAAGACAAGAUCUGCGCAGUCAAGGCCAACAUCCUGAAAAACGAGGAGAAGAUCCAGAAGAUGGUCUCCAACAUAAGCUUUUCCUCGCAGACGUGAAUGUAAUCAGCACACCCCAAAUGAAAUCCAAAGCACUGAGAUCUCCUGAGAUGACUUGAGGCAGGCACUGGAGAAUAUUUAAAAGGUGCGGUCAUGGGUCACCGUUUUCAAACUUGUUCCAUGUAAGGUGCCUUCUGCAAAACCCCGCAUCUGUUAGUGAUGGUUAAAUGGGAUUCUCGUCCGGUUCUCGGAGAACAAACCCAAACCCCUGCAGUAGAUUUGCACUUCCCGCUUGAGAGAUAAAUCUGUGUGGUCACCAUAUUGACGUGUCCUGUAUUUUGUAAUUGGGCUUGUAAUUUGUCUCAAUGUUCACUUAGGGAAACAGUUGGUUUAUUUUUUUCACGUUCAUGUUUAUUUCAUCCAGGUUUUGUCUCCAAAAUGAACACUGGCAAUAUGUCAGCAUGUUUAUGGUGUAACUUUCAAAAGCAUUUGGUAAGCAAUAGAACAGGGUAGAGGAACUUGCAUAAUUGCCAAAAUAUGGUGACACCACACACGCGCAUCUGCACUUUGAAAAAUCUGACUUUACCUGUACACAUUGGAAAAAAAGUAGCGAUCAAAGAAGAGAAGAGAUGAGAUGUGUUGUCAAUAAAUUUAACACACAUCAACAAACGUAACUUGAUCAAAUCAAAUUAUGUCAAUGUUGAAGAAGUUCUGCUGUUUCUAAACCUUUAACAGCGUCAUAUAUUGUCACUACUGUAAGUGAUGGUCAUUUUGCCAUUUGCUUGUUUUCCACUUCAAACUGAGAUCCGUAAAGCAAUUAUAAUAUUUGUAAAAAAGUAUAUUUUAUUUAGCUUAAAAAAUGUGGGCAAACUGUGUAAAAUGAAGCAAUCAAGGGUCCAAUCUGUUCAUAGUCGAUCAGCUACAUGAUCAAGCACAACGUUUUAGAAAUUCAUCAGCAUGUUUAUCUUGUCACAUUAUACUGUGGUGACGUUUUUAGGACAAAUUAAAAUCCACAAAGCGAUAACAUCUAGUGAUUUGUAGAAGGAGACUUUAAUAUACAGAUUAUAUAAAUGAUGAUGACAUCAGUAUUAUUAGCCGCACACCAUUACGCAACAUAUAGUUUGGUAUUUAUUUUGAGUAAAUCUACUUCUUCGAAAUGUCUUUUCCAUUUAUUUUUUAAAAGAGCCUGUAAACAGUUUUUACCAAACCCAUACUUUCUGAUGUACAUGCUUGUGUAUAUGUUUGUAUCAUAGUUCACAAAUGAAUAUUAAUUUUGUAGUGAAGUGUAAUAAACAGGUACAUUUCUGUUAAA